AUGACCGACGAGCCUCCCUCUAAGCGCAAGUGCCUCAGCGUCGACUGCGAGAACGAUGCUGGAUCGCUCCAGUGCCCGACAUGCCUAAAGCUGGGGAUCAAGGACAGCUUCUUCUGCUCCCAGGACUGUUUCAAGAAGAACUGGGGCACCCAUAAGUCAAUGCACAAGCAAGAAAACAGUAUACUCCAAAAUGCCUUAAACAUUCCGCCCAAAGUAGUAUCUAAACCUGAUCCAGAGACUGGCUACUACAACCCGUUCCCGAAUUUCUCCUUCACCGGCCCUCUCCGACCCGUCUACCCUCUCUCGCCGCGCCGGGAAAUCCCAAAGACGAUCCCCCACCCCGAUUACGCUGCCGAUGGCAUACCCAAGGCAGGGCGGUCCCUCGUCAGCCGGAACAAGGUCGAGAUCCUGGACAAGAAGGGCCAGGAUGCGAUGCGCAAGGUCUGCCGGCUAGCAAGAGAGGUUCUCGACAUUGCUGCUGCUGCGAUCCGACCCGGCAUUUCUACCGAUGCGAUUGACAAGAUUGUGCACGAGGAAUGUAUCAAGCGCAACUCCUACCCAUCGCCUUUGAACUACAACCAUUUCCCCAAGUCUGUCUGCACUUCGAUUAACGAGGUCAUCUGCCACGGUAUUCCCGACCAGCGCAUUCUCAUGGACGGCGACAUUGUCAACUUGGAUGUUACGCUCUACCACGAAGGCUAUCACGGUGACCUGAACGAGACAUACUAUGUUGGCGACCGAGCUAAGGCGGACCCUGACACUGUGCGUGUUGUUGAGGCAGCCAGGGAGUGUCUGGACGAGGCGAUCAAGCUGGUCAAGCCAGGGACGCUGUACCGCGACUUCGGCAACGCGAUCGAGAAGCACGCCAAGACGAAGAACACCAGCGUCAUCCGCACAUAUGUUGGUCAUGGUAUCAACACGAUUUUCCACUGCCCACCAAAUAUCCCUCAUUAUGCCAAGAACAAGGCAGUUGGCGAGUGUAAGCCCGGACAGACGUUUACCAUUGAGCCGAUGAUUGCCCUGGGCAAGUAUCGCGAUAUUACCUGGCCCGACAACUGGACCAGCACGACAAUUGACGGCAAGAAGACGGCUCAGUUCGAGCACACCUUGCUUGUGACUGAGGAUGGUGUUGAGGUCCUGACAGCACGUCUCCCGGAUUCCCCUGGUGGCCCUAUACCCGUGCCUGAAAAGGAGGCAAACGGAGCUUGA